AAAUGGGCGUAUAAACGUGUUGAUUGUACCGACUUUUACUCGUUUAAACAGGCGGUACAGGAAACCAGAUGUGAUGCUUUGGUACAUCUAGCUGUCUGUGCGAACAUUCGUGAUGGAGAAGGGAACAUAUUGGAUGAUACGCCUGAAUGGGUGAACACUGAUCUCCAGCAAGUGCAUAAUAGUAAUGUUGCCAUGUCAUAUAAUGCCUUGUCAAUAGCUGCCGACCUUGGAAUCGAAAGGGUAGUUUUGGCUUCUUCGGUCAAUUCGAUAGGUAUGCUCAUGUCCAAACGACCCAAAUUCGAUUAUUUGCCUUUAGAUGAAAAUCAUCCUUUUUACCCCGAAGAUGCAUAUUCCCUCGCAAAACAUAUCGCCGAAAUUCAAUCAGACGCUUUCGCUCGUCGACAUCCUCGAAUGAGAAUAGCAACACUACGUUUCCAUGCUGUCUUACCGGAUUUCCUCUGUUCACCAGGUAGAUUCCCCGGAGGAACAUGGAAAGAUCUUUGGGGAUGGGUAUCACUUUCUUCCACUGCAAAAGCUUGUUUGUUAAGUCUUAUCACUCCUGAAGAGAGGUUUCCAAGAGGUCACGAAACGUUCUUUAUCGUUGCUUCCACAACACAAGAAGAAGUUGAUACGGUUGAAUUGAUCGAGAUGAAGUAUCCCGAGUUAAUCCCUUGGGUCAGAGGGGGUGGUUGGAAGGGACGUCAAGGAUUGUUUACUUGUGAGAAAGCUAAGAGGUUAUUAGGAUGGGAA